AUGUCGGUGGAAUUAGAUUUUAAGCAAGAAAACGAAAUGCCAGUGAUCUUUUUGAGCGUUUUACUUGUUUUGUUGGUGUUACUGGCCGCCGCUAUUUGGGUUGCAUUUUUCAGUGCCCUUCGUAAAGCGCUUAGCAGGUUUGCAGAACUGAAACGUCACAGACGACGUCAGAAUAUCUUAGCCACAAUAGGAGAAAGAUCAAUGAACGGUCAUCGGAUAGCAUCAAAUGUUUUUGCAGCAUUUCCUUUUGGAUAUGAUCAAAAUACCUAUAUCAGCAAUGUACCUAUUGCUGCAUUAACUGUACCGCCAUCAUAUGAAGAAGCGAUGACUCAAUCACCAUCAGCAGUUUCUGCAGUUCAGAUACCAGCCAUCAAUCGACGCCCUAGCAGCGACACUACGGUAGCAUCAAUUUCCACUGCAGCAGAAUCUGAUAAAACCGACAAUAAUAGUACACGACAACAACAGUCACAACAGUUGUCACAUUUGGUAUAA